AUGGCCUCGCGCGCCCACGUCCCAGAUUUGUUUCGCCGCCCAUCGGGGGGAGACUGGCCUAAGGACCUGCACGAUCAAUUAAAAAGACCCCAAGAAUGCAGUAUCAGUGUUGGAAACAGCCAUGAUUACAUCACUGCGAGGCUGAGAAUCCGUCCAGAUUCACGGUCCCCAUGGCUCGACGUCCAAAUUGGCCCCAUGCACAUCGCCAUCCCUGCCACGCGCGCAGGUAUGAGAUUGGUUCUAAAGGGCUCCUCGAAUCAGCAGGAUACCUUUAUCGAAAGACACGAGAAGUCCCUACCCACAAGACGACAGGGUCAUCAAACCUGCUUCUUUGAGGUGGACCCAUCAAUUGGCCCUAUAUGCACUGGUCCGUCAUGGCUGUUGGACGACGCAAAUCGUAUCUGGAUAUCGUUCCCAGAUAAACGCUUUGGGGAAUUUCGACAAAUCCAGCGCCACAUGAAUGAGUUGGUGAAGCUUGUUCGACAGACACUUCCCACGGAGGGAGAGACACCUCGGACUUGGUAUGCCCAGCACAAUCCUUUGCCGGAUACAGAAAAGGCACCACGGCGCCCGAAGAUGCUCUGGCUUUUCGAUCAUCAGGAAGCCCCGCAAUACCAUAUCUGGGAAACAGCCGUGGACUUUUUUCUAGAUGAUAUGGAUCGCCGUUCGCGACUGCUGGAGGCCGCAAUUGUGGAAAAGCACUUCAUAUGGUCCACCUACAAUAACGUCUUUUGCAAGGGCAAGAAGCACGAUGUUCUCUUCGAGCAAUCUGGGCCAAACGAGGCGUACUGGAAACUCCAUAUCUGGAUGAACGCCGAACCCAAGCCAGCGCCCCCUGACGGCAGUCGCGCGAGCUAUGAAUUCGAUUUGGCCGAUCUGGGUAAUCCAAAAUAUCCCGGAGUAUACAAGGGCGAUGGAAUCUGCAUCCUCUCAUCCCACGCAGAUUUUGCCAUCCUUACUCGUGCGCCCUUCGAAGCCGAGUUGGACGGGCAGACUCGAAAGCUGAUGGCCACCCUGAAGCUCAAUCUGAAGUCUACCCAACUACAGAUCGACGCCCUCGACAUGGCCUCAAGGGUGGUAGCCUUCGGUGACGAUCCCAAGCACCAGGACGCAAAGGGCUACUCACUCCAACGGACUAUUUUGGCACACGGAACCGAGUUGGCAACAGACGACCGUUUGGCCUUCUGGUUAAAUGCCCAGAAGAUUUCGACCGUGCCCGAUGAAGAGAAACAAAGAAGGGUCGACUAUAUCUGGAAAAAGUUCCCAUUGGAUGAGUCGCAAACCACGGCUGUGCAGAGGUCAGUGUUCGAUGUCUUUGCUGGGAUUCACUUGGUCAAAGGCCCACCUGGCAACGGCAAGACCCGAACCACCGUGGUCAUCCUCUUGAUGCUAGUCAGCCUGAAUCUUCCGGUUCUUAUCUGUGCGGGAUCAAAUCAAGCCGUCGAUACCCUCUUAAUCGCCUAUCAAGACGCCCUUCACGGAGAUGAAAGGCUUCGGCAAUGGUGUGGGAGCUACUGCCGAUUCCGGACCCCGUACUAUCAGAUGGCAUCUCUACGCCGGGCAAGCCAACGCCGGCCAUUCCAGACGAGAACUAUUCAGCCAUCCUUGUCUGAAAAGUCCCUCCAAGCUUGCCAGAUCGAAUCGUGGUCCAGGAAGCCAGAGAUCACUGCAAACAGCAUCGGCAAGCUCACGAAUUUCUGA